CGGAGCCCGGAAGGACCCGGAGGAAGAUCCGAGUGUUUGCGGCCGUGCUGCCCCACCCCUGGUCCCGGCGCGCGUAGAGGGGCCCGGCCGGGCUGCUGCGAGGGCCCCAGGAGGUUGAAAGCUAAGCAUGGGGAAGAGCUGCAAGGUGGUCGUGUGUGGCCAGGCUUCUGUGGGCAAAACUUCAAUCCUGGAGCAGCUUCUGUACGGAAACCACGUAGUGGGUUCUGAGAUGAUUGAGACGCAGGAGGACAUCUACGUGGGCUCCAUUGAGACUGACCGGGGGGUGCGGGAGCAGGUGCGUUUCUACGACACCCGGGGGCUCCGAGAUGGGGCUGAGUUGCCCCGGCACUGCUUCUCCUGCACUGAUGGCUAUGUCCUAGUCUACAGCACGGACAGCCGAGAGUCCUUUCAGCGCGUGGAGCUGCUCAAGAAGGAGAUUGACAAAUCCAAAGACAAGAAGGAGGUCACCAUCGUGGUCCUUGGCAACAAGUGUGACCUGCAGGAGCAGCGGCGUGUAGACCCGGAUGUGGCUCAGCACUGGGCCAAGUCAGAGAAGGUGAAGCUUUGGGAGGUGUCGGUGGCUGACCGCCGCUCACUGCUGGAGCCCUUCGUCUACCUGGCCAGCAGGAUGACCCAGCCCCAGAGCAAGUCUGCCUUCCCCCUCAGCCGCAAGAACAAGGGCAGCGGCUCCUUGGAUGGCUGAAGAGCUGCCUUGCCAGCUCUGGAAGAUGGGUUGAGGGGAAAGGGAGGGGGGGUUUUAGGCAAGCUGUCCUUCCCAGUCAAGGGGGGAGCUCCCCACUAGGCCAGGCAG